AUGCCGGGCAGCCCAGAGAACAUCCCCCUGGGGGAGUGCACGAUAUCCCAGUCCAGGGAUCAGCUGACGCCCCCCAGCCACACGGCGAGCACCGUGUUCUCUUUGUCCCGCAGCGAGUCUGUCUGGACUACGGAGGGCCCCCGCGACAAGUGCCAAGUCUUCUGGUUCCCCAUCCACUUCAUGUCCACGGGGGGCAGCUUCCUGGCCUGCGGCAUCAUCAUCAGCGGGCUGUACUUCGCCGGCCACUGCAGGACGGUCACCAACAUCCUGGGGCCGGCCCUGCUGUCCAUCGGCCUGAUGGUGUUUGUGGUGGGGGUGGUGCUCAUCCCCAUCACCAAGGAGAACAGAAAGAGUCUGAAGAAGCCCCCGAGCCACUACAGGCCUCCGGUCUUCAACCUGUGA